AUGGAAGCAGGCUCGGUGGUGCGAGCGAUCUUCGACUUCUGCCCGAGUGUAUCUGAAGAGCUGCCCCUCUUUGUGGGAGAUAUUAUUGAGGUGCUGGCAGUGGUUGAUGAAUUUUGGCUUCUGGGAAAGAAAGAGGAUGUGACAGGGCAGUUCCCCAGCAGUUUUGUGGAAAUUGUGACUAUUCCCAGUCUGAAAGAGGGAGAGAGGCUGUUUGUCUGUGUCUGUGAAUUCGUAUCCCAAGAAGUGAACAGUCUUCCCCUCCAUCAAGGUGACCUAGUGAUUCUCGAUGGCGCUCCCACUGCUGGCUGGCUGCAAGGUCGAAGUUGCUGGGGUGCACAGGGCUUCUUCCCAUCUUCAUGUGUCCGUGAGCUCUGCCUCUCCUCACAAAGCCGUCAGUGGCACUCACAGAGCGCCCUGCUUCAGAUUCCUGACUAUUCCAUGGGACAAGCUCGGGCCCUGAUGGGGCUUUCUGCCCAGCUGGAUGAGGAACUGGACUUCAGAGAAGGGGAUGUGAUUACUAUUAUUGGGGUUCCUGAACCAGGCUGGUUUGAAGGGGAGUUGGAAGGUCAAAGAGGCAUUUUCCCAGAAGGUUUUGUAGAGCUUUUGGGGCCCCUGAGGUCUGUGGAUAAGUCGUUAAGUUCUGGAAGUCAAGAUGGGUGCGUCAUAAAUGGUGUAGUAGAUAGCCCUGCAGGAGAAGAGGAUGAAGGACAACCAGGGACCUAUGGAACUGCCCUCUACAGAUUCCAGGCCCUGGAGCCAAAUGAGUUGGAUUUUGAGGUAGGGGAUAGAAUCCGAAUUCUGGGGACCCUGGAAGACGGCUGGCUAGAAGGCUCACUCAAGGGCAGGACUGGCAUCUUUCCUCACCGUUUUGUAAAGCUCUGUCCUAACAUAAGAGAAGUGGGAACCACAGAUGUACCACCGGAAAGCAGCCUUACCGAGAUCCCUGAAACUUCUUCGGGUUGUUUGGAGAACUCCUUAGUGUUAGAAGAAAAAAGACAUGCUCCUGAGUAUACCGGAGACAAGUCCAAUUGUGUUAUUUCUGGAGCUUUCGCUUCUCCUCUAGAUCAUAUGAACUCUGAGUGUGAAGUAGAUAAAAGCUCUUCUCAAGAUCAAGACACCUUAGCUGGGUCUCUGAGAACCCUAGACACAGCACAUGAAAAGCCUCUUGUCAGAGACUCUUCCAUGAAUGAGCCUUUAGAGGUGGUCAAUGGUAUUUCCUCCCAACCUCAGGUACCUUUACACCCCAGCUUGCAGAAAAACCAGUAUUAUUUUUCAGCAGGAGAGAGUCACCAGAGCUCAGACCCUCUUCCUCUAGAAGCAAGGAGUAGAGACUACUCCAGCCUACCUCUCAAAGGAACCUAUUCCCAGCGGAACAUUGCUCAGAAGCCAGUGGCCCCUCUUUAUAGCAGCUCUUCCCUCUCAGCCUCUGAGAUAGUCAAACCCAGCCAACAGGACCCUCAGCUCCAGGGUAUGAUGAGGUGUACUAAAAAUCACUACAAGGCCAAAGACCAUGCUUUCAGCUUUGGCUCUGCAUCAGAGAAGCUAACGAUGACACCCAGUUUUCCAAGCAAGAAGCCUGCUGUGCAAGCAGCGGCACUUGAACAGGGAGAUGGCAGCAGUGACCUGGAUUCUAAGUUGACCCAACAGCUGAUAGAGUUUGAGAAGAGCUUGUCCGGGCCAGGCGCAGAGCCAGAUAAAGUCUUACGCCAAUUUUCCAUCAUGGACUUUAACUCUGAGAAGGAUAUUGUCCGAGGUUCCUCUAAGGUAAUCACCCAGCAGGAACUACCUGAGAGGAGGAAAGCCCUGAGACCACCACCACCACGUCCCUGUACCCCAGUAUCCACUUCCCCCCAUUUGCUGGCUGACCAGAACCUGAAACUUGCACUCCCCUUGGCAGUGCGGCCCUCUCGCCCAGCUCCCUUGCCUCCAUCAGCACAGCUGAGAACAAAUACAGCAUCCUUCAAGCUCCUAACCUGUAACCAUCCUAGCUGUGAGACUCAAGAGCAAGAGGGCCUUGAGAACACAGAAAAGACUCUGGAGCAAACAUCCCAGUGUCCCUUAGUGUUGGUGAAGAUUCAAGAAAUGGAAUGGGAUUCGGGUAUGUCUAGGGGAACGCAAGAAGAGCUAAACGUAAUGCUGGAGGAGAAACAAAAUGAAUCGUUGAGAGUAGAGGCCCUUGAGAAUCUUGAGUUCUAUGAGAGUAACAUCGAAAGUUGGAGCAUGGGACUCCAGGAACUUAAAGAAAUGACCCUCCUGUCAUCCCAGUCUUCAUCACUGGUGGCCCCUUCUGUGUCUGUGUCCACUGAAAACCCACAGCAGAGGAUGUUGGAGAAGAGAACCAAGGUUGUGGAGGAACUUCUCCAGACAGAAAAAGACUACAUCCGGGAUCUGGAAAUGUGUAUUGACCGCAUCAUGGUACCCCUGCAGCAGGCACAGGUCCCGAACAUUGAUUUUGAGGGUCUUUUUGGAAACAUGCAGAUGGUGAUUAAGGUCUCGAAGCAAUUACUGGUUACUCUGGAAAACAGCAGUACUGUAGGAACUGCAUUCCUUGAUCACCGGGAUGAGCUUGAGGAAACGUACAAGGCUUAUUGCCAGAAUCACGAUGAGGCCAUCUCACUGCUGGAAAUCUACGAGAAGGAUGAGAAGAUCCUGAAGCAUCUGCAGGACUCCUUGGCGGAUCUGAAGAGCCUGUACAGUGAAUGCACUGUCCAGGCAAACCGUCUGCUUUUCCUUUACGAGAUAGAACCAACUGUGCUCUUCAUGCCUCUCUCAUCACCUCUUGUUGAGCUCCUAAUUGGGACGCUCACUAUAAUCAUUUCUGUUAUCAGCUUCAACGAGGUCACCUACGCUGUCCUCAAGUACCGUAAGGGUGAUGAAGAUAGCCUCAUGGAGAAAAUUUCCAAAUUAAACAUUCACUCCAUCAUCAAGAAAUCCAACCGAGUUAGCAGCCACCUGAAGCAUCUCACUGGCUUUGCUCCUCAGAUAAAGGAUGAAGUAUUUGAAGAAACAGAGAAGAAUUUCCGAAUGCAAGAAAGAUUGAUCAAAUCUUUUAUCCGAGAUCUCUCUCUCUACCUCCAGCAUAUCCGGGAAUCGGCAUGUAUAAAAGUGGUGGCCGCCACAAGUAUGUGGGAUGUGUGUAUGGAGAAGGGAAACAGAGAGCUGGAGCAGUUUGAGAAGGCGCACCGCUACAUCAGCGAUCAGCUCUUCACAAGUUUUAAAGAGCGGAUGGAGCGGCUUGUCAUCUCUCCCUUAAAUCAGUUACUGAGCAUGUUUACAGGACCCCACAAGCUGGUGCAGAAACGCUUCGACAAGCGCCUAGACUUGUAUAACUGCACCGAACGGGCAGAGAAGCUGAAGGACAAGAAGACUCUGGAGGAGUUGCAGUCAGCCCGAAACAACUACGAGGCCCUGAAUGCCCAGCUGCUGGACGAGCUGCCCAAGUUCCACCAUUACGCCCAGGGCCUCUUCACCAACUGCGUCCACGGCUAUGCGGAGGCCCACAGUGACUUUGUACACCAAGCUCUGGAGCAGUUACAGCCUCUGCUUUCUUUACUUAAACUUGCCGGCAGAGAGGGAAACCUUGUGGCCAUCUUCCAUGAAGAGUACAGCAGAGUUCUGCAGCAUCUCCAGGUGUUUACCUUCUUCCCAGAGACUCUCCCCGCUACCAAGAGAGCUUUCGAGAGGAAAACCAUGGACCGUCAGUCUGUUCGAAAGCCCCUCCUGGGCCUGGUGAUCACCAAAGGCUUUGUGUAUAGCUCCUUCCUGAAACCCUACAAUCCUCGUCGCAGCCACUCAGAUGUCUCCGUGGGCAGCCACUCUUCCACCGAGUCAGAGCAGAGCGGCUCCUCCCCCAGGUUCCCACGGCAAAAUAGUCACAGCUCCUUGACCUUCAACCCUGGCAGCAUGGCCAUGUCCUUUAGCUCAGGGCCUUGCCAGAAACCGCCUCAAGAUGCAGCGUUGAAGGAAAUUGGCCAUGGGAAUCUCAGUAGUUCCUUCAAUGUGGGUGAUUCAGAGAGUAGCCCUCCCAGAUGCCUUUCAGAGACAGAUUCCACCUCCCAGCCUAGGUCACGGGACUCUGGAGAUGCAGCCAGAGACACUACCACCUCAAGGAGUUACCGACGCUCCAGGCAUCCAGAAAUGGCUGGUUACACCGUACCAGGGCGAAAUGGACAAUGUAAAGACCUCGUAAAAGAAUGUGUGAAAAUAGCCCAGCCCAUGAAAGACAAAAAUAAAGAGCCAGAGAAGAGUGAGGCAGAAGGCAACCAGGUCUAUUUUGCUGUCUAUAGCUUCAAGGCACGAAACCCGAAUGAACUGAGUGUGUCAGCUAAUCAGACACUGAAGAUCCUUGAGUUUAAAGAUGUUACUGGCAAUACAGAGUGGUGGCUAGCGGAAGUCAGCGGAAAGAAGGGCUAUGUUCCCUCCAAUUAUAUCCGCAAAGCUGAGUACACCUGA